CAGUGGCUGCUAUUUGAGGUGAGCCCGUGCGCCCCCGCAGAGACUGGAAGCGCUUGUGUGUGCCUCUGUGCCCAAUGGUCGAGAAGAAAUACCAUUCCACGUCUUUUCCGCUCGCAAGCAGUAACCUGACACUCCCCGUCUGCCUGCCUCGCUAAAGUUCCAGCGACGUGGCAGUAGCGGCCGGGAUUCUUCGAGGUAAGUCGUGCUUCUUAUUCUAGUGACUCACGCUUCAGACGAAUUGCUGUAAAAACAGUAAAAUGAAGGCUGUAAUCUGGACACAGUUUAUUCUACUUUUGUGCGAAGUUGUUGUCUGCAAUUCUCAGGUUGAGACAGCCAAGGUGACUAAGAAAGCAGUUUUUGACGUGACCAUUGGUGGCAAGAAUGCAGGAACCAUUGUCAUUGGACUGUUUGGUGAAGUUGUGCCCAGGACUGUCGAGAACUUUGUUCAGCUGACUUUAGGCCAGAAUGGUUAUGGAUUCAAUGGAACUAAAUUCCAUCGUGUUAUUAACGGCUUUAUGAUCCAAGGUGGCGAUGCGGACAAAGGGGAUGGAACUGGCUCUAUUAGUAUUUACGGGCCACUUUUUGAAGAUGAAAACUUUUCAUUAAAGCAUUAUGGAUCAGGCUGGGUCAGCAUGGCAAGCAGAGGACCAGACACCAAUGGUUGUCAAUUUUUCAUCACCCUGAAGCCGACAGUUUGGCUGGAUGGUGUCCAUGUUGUUUUUGGCAAAAUUCUUGAGGGAAUGGAUGUUGUGCGGAAGAUUGCUAGUGUCGCCACAAGCAGCAGUGAUGUUCCCUUACAGGAUGUGGUUAUCUCAGAUAGCAGAGUAGAGGAUACUGCUCCAUUUGAUGUAGAGCUGAAAGGAGUUGACAACCCAGAUGACUUUUACAAUAAAGAUAAGGAAGGUGAACUGUAAAUAGUGCCUUUUAUGCAGUGGCUUAACCAAAGCCAAAGUCUCAGAGAAAGACAAAUGCUUCUUUGGACAUUAGUCCCAUGGAAAAUUAUUACAAGAUUGUUAGUUUUAUAAAGGAAAUGUAUCGACAUUGUACAUUGUCAGAUUUACCUGGACCAUCUGCCAUGUUCAUUUUUUUUUAAGUUUCAUUUUAUAUUGCUGGGGUUACUGUGCAAUGGUAUCAGUAAUCCUAAUUUCUUAUGCACGCAGCCCUUUCUGUACUGUACUUUAUGUGUAUAGUACUUCCUUUGCAAGCGUCUGAUGAUUGAAGAAA